AUGUUUAGAAGGAUGGAUGAGGAUAUGCAUUGGCAUUUCAGUAAUGCUGCAGGAGAUGGAACGAUGCGGCACCCAGUGGACUCUCUAUCUUGGUCUCAGAUAAAUAGUCGAUGGCCUGAAUUUGCCUCUGAACAGAGAAAUCUUCGACUAGGUCUGUCUACAGAUGGGAUGAACCUGUUCUCGAUCCAGAACACGAAGUAUAGUACAUGGCCAGUGCUACUGGUGAACUACAACAUGUCACCAACAUUGUGUAUGAAAGCGGAGAACAUAAUGCUGACUAUGCUGAUCCCUGGACCUACUGCACCGAGCAACGACAUUGACGUCUACCUUCAGCCGUUGAUAGAAGAUCUACAGGAUUUAUGGAGUGAAGGUAGUGAGGUUUAUGACGCAUUCUCGAAGGAAACUUUCAGUCUGAGAGCUAUUUUGAUGUGGACUAUUAGUGAUUAUCCUGGUUUAGGGACAUUAGCAGGCUGCAAAGUGAAAGGGAAACAAGCCUGCAAUGUGUGUGGGAAGGACACACCUUUUAGGUGGCUCAAGUUUAGUAGAAAACAUGUCUACUUGUGCAAUAGGAGAAGACUCCCACCUGGGCAUCAUUACCGACGCAGAUGGAGUUGGUUUGAUAACACGGUCGAAGAAGACACUAUGCCUAGAAUUCAAACCAGAGUUGAGAUAUGUGAGCAGUUGAAAGACUUCAGGAAUGAUUUUGGUAAAGCUUUAGAUAAGAAAGGGAAGCGAAAGAGGUCUGGUUUGUGUGAGGAUGAUGAGCUUUCUGAAGACGAACAUGAUGAACAUAGUGAUACAUGGCGUUGGAAGAACCGAUCUAUUUUCUAUGAUCUCCCGUAUUGGAAGAAUAUGCCUGUGAGACACAACAUUGAUGUCAUGCACGUAGAGAAGAAUGUGUCUGAUGCCAUAUUGUCUAUCCUCAUGCAAAGUUCUAAAUCAAAGGAUGACUUGAAGUCACGUCGUGAUUUGGAGGAUAUGGGGAUCCGGAAAAACUUACACGCACAGCGUGUGAUUGACCCAGAGAAGCUUGUAGCAUUGGAGACUGAGCUUAUUGAAACCUUGUGUCAGUUGGAAAGGUUCUUCCCUUCGUCUCUGUUUGAUAUAAUGUUUCACCUUCCAAUUCAUUUGUCAAGAGAGACACGUUUGGGUGGACCAGUUCACUUUAGGUGGAUCUAUCCUUUCGAGAGGUACAUGAAGACACUCAAGGCAUUUGUUAAGAAUUUUGCAAGGCCAGAAGUUUGUAUGGCAGAAGGUUAUAUGGCAGGUGAAUGCCUUGCAUUCUGUCUGGAAUUUCUAAAGACAUCUGCACCAGACUGGGAAAAUACUAACUGUAAUGAAGACCGUGAACCAGAUGAAAUAGUCCUUGAAGGUCGUCCAAUUCACAAGGCUAAAACAGUUAUACUUACGGAGACAGAGCGUGAGAUAGCGCAUCGAUAUGUUCUGAUGAACACAGCAAUGUUUACACCUUAUGUUUCUUCUCGUCCCAUUCCCGUUUCUUCUGUUUCUUCUCGUCCCAUUCCCUAA